AAACCUCACACUUACUCCUGCUCGUCCUCCUCCUCAAUUCCAAAAAUCAGGCUCACAACCAACCACUCAAGAUGACGCCCUCCGCUGAAACCCUCCCUCCCUCCACACCAUCCUCCCUCCCUCCCACAACCACCUCUACCCCUGUCUCCAAUCCGGUGCACGACCCCACCCACGAAGAACACCAAUACCUCAACCUCAUCCGCACGAUCCUCUCCGAGGGGGAGAACCGACCGGACCGCACGGGCACGGGCACACGCUCGAUCUUCGCGCCGCCGCAGAUGCGCUUCCGCCUGCACCAGCCAACAAACACCGGCAGCAGCAGCAGCAGCAGCAGCAGUGAAGGGCCAGAAGCGUACAGCUACACGCCGAUCCUCCCGCUGCUGACGACCAAACGCGUCUUUCUGCGGGCCGUGGUGGCGGAGCUCCUCUGGUUCAUCUCCGGCACGACCUCGUCACUGCCGCUGUCGGCAGCGGGGAUCAAGAUCUGGGACGGCAACGGCAGCCGGGAGUUUUUGGAUAGCGUGGGGCUGUCGCACCGCGCCGAGGGCGAUCUCGGUCCCGUGUACGGAUUCCAGUGGCGGCACUUCGGGGCGGAGUAUGUGGACGCAAACACCAACUACGAGGGCCAGGGUGUGGACCAGCUGGCGGAGGUGGUGCGCAAGCUGCGCGAGAAUCCCUUCGAUCGCCGGAUCAUCCUGUCGGCGUGGAACCCGGCCGACUUGAUCAAGAUGGCCCUGCCGCCGUGUCAUAUGUUCGCCCAGUUCUAUGUGAGCUAUCCGCAGGGCACGGGGAGGAAAGGACACCUGCAUUGUUUGCUCUACCAGCGCUCCGCGGACAUGGGGCUCGGCGUGCCCUUCAAUAUCGCCAGUUAUGCCCUGCUGACGCAUAUGUUGGCUCAUGCGGUGGAUCUGGUGCCGGGGAGCUUUACCCAUACGCUGGGCGAUGCGCAUGUGUAUUUGGACCAUGUGGAGGCGCUGCAGGAGCAGCUCACGCGCGAGCCCACGGCGUUCCCAGAGGUCAGGAUCCGUCGGGAGGAUCGCGGGGCCGGGGUGAUUGAUGGGUGGAGGGCAGAGGAGGUUGAGGUGGUGGGGUAUCAGCCGCAUAAGGCGAUCCAAAUGAAGAUGAGUGUUUAA